UCUCCCCCACAACCGAACGCUCACCACGGCGUACGCACACCAGAUUAGUCCGUCGUGCGAUUCGUAUAAAAGUGUGGGUACUUUCAGUGCGAUUUGCAGAACCCUACUUUGACACUCAUCAAAAAGUACCGGUACACUAUGCUACGAAAGCCGCUCAGUCAUUUCUUAUGGGACCAUACUAUAAUCAUCAUCCUUACUUCGUAACAAAGUGAUUAAACGAAACAACCAAACAAAUCAAAGAGUAUUGCUUACUUUCUGGAAGUCUUUUUGGGUGAACAUUUUGCAGCUUCAUUCGUGCUCACAUGGUGGAACCUUACUGACUUUUUUCUUCUUCUCGUUCGCUGUUUGGAAUAUUAAUCGAGGAUGGAGUCACUUGGGAAUGCGCUCAAGUCCAUCUACCACACACUAAGCAGGACAUGCAACAUAGUUGACUGCUGCUCCGGUGUCCGCUCCUGCAACCAGUUUGUCUUUCCCUGCAUCAGAUGCUGCUCCUAUGGCAACAGAAGAGUCUUCUACAACUACGACGGAACGGAAACCGUCCAACCUCUCGUCGAUUAUUUCAAACCUUCCAACAAAGUCGCCAAGAUGAAUCUCGUAAAAGGUAUGUCAUUACCGAAGGAGCGUUUGAGAAUAGGCUUAACAGCAGUUGAACAGAUCGCCGAGGUCGUGAGGUACGCACAUGAGAACGACCUGCGGUUACGGGCAGUCGGGUCAGGAGCAUCGUGGUCGAAGCUCACCAACGUUCGAGACAUCCUUAUCGAUAUGCGGGAUCUGACACGGAUCGUCCGAGCAUCACCUCAAAACACCGACGGCUCAAUCUACCACAUCGAGGUCCAAGGAGGCAAGAUCUUACACGACUUCGUCCGGGAGAUCGACUCCAAGUACGGCAUGAGCUUACCUUGUAUGGGCAACUAUGCAGGCCAGACGAUUGCGGGAAUCAUCAGUACUUCAACGCAUGGCACCGGCCAGGACUACCCAACCAUGUCGAAUUUCGUCAUCGAGGUCCAUAUGGUUGUCGCCAGGGGCAUCCAGAUCAAGGUCAGGUUACCGAAAAAUGGCGAAGCAGAAGAAGACUUCGAAUCGGUGACGCGGCGCGUCGAAGCGGCAAAGUUUGGCGAUCCUCCUCUCGAGAUCCAGAGCACGGAGGUGUUCCGAGCGGUCGCCGUCGGCUUCGGUUCCUUGGGCGUCAUCUAUUCCGUCACCCUCGAGUGCAUUCCCGUCUUCAACAUCGCCGAAACGCGCCAGUACAUUGACAUUGAAUGGCCGGAGAAAUCCGAGGAAUUCCGAAUUCCCGAAGAGCUCCGAGCGCUGUCCAAGGGACACGGGAAGUUCUUUUCGUUUUUUGUGAAUCCUUUUCCAAGGGGAGGUGAUGAGAAGAAUGAAAACGGAAACAGGACGCUAAAAGCGGUGUAUUUGUCAGGAGAAAAGACUCUCGAAACGGGGACAUGCCAGUGUAAUAUGUGUAUGGAUAUGCAGUGCUUUACAUGUACAGGGUGCAGAGGACAAAGUGCGUGCCAGAUUGUUCAGACGGAUUGUUCGGCGAGCUGUUUUCAGAUGAUAACGCGGUUUAUGCCCUGCAGUUUGGCGUAUUUUGCCGACUGCGGCCUGCAGCAGUUUGCAAGGGGGAAGAUCUACAUCCAGAGGUGGUACAACGUGCUCACAUUCACCAAUGGCAAUAUCCACGUUAAGACAGCCGAGUACUGUGUCCCGUUGUCGAACUUAGAUGGCGCCCUACGAGAUAUCCUCAAGAUCAUGCAGCAGUAUGGCGAGAUGUUCGGUUCUUACACGCUGCUGCCCGUCUAUGUCCGGAUGGUCAAGGCUGACGAUCUCUACCUUAGUCCCGCAAAUAGGAAUAGGAUGGAUGGUUCAACGUCAGAUCGAUUCUGCUUCAUUGAGGUUCCUUUCCUGCCUGGAGCAUACGGCAUCGACGAGUUCCACAAAAAGAUAGAGGAUCAUCUCUAUGCCAACUACAAGGCACGUCCACACUGGAGUAAGAACAACUUCUUGAACCAUAAGCGCGUACAGCAGCUCUACCCCGAGCUCGAGAAAUGGAAACAGAUCUAUCUGCUUUUCAACCGGGACGGGACAUUCGACAACGAGUUCACACGGAAGUGUGGCUUUGAGGAUUUCCACCCAACGGACGAUGAAACGGUGGACGACCACAGAUGGCGAGGGGAACAUGGGAAGUGUUGCUCCUGCGAGAGAUUGGACUCUGGAGCGAACACAGGAGGUGCUGACGUGAACGUGGAAUGUGGCGCGCAAUCGCGGAUUGACGAUAGGGACUCGGGUUCGAAUCUCAGUUCAAAUGGAGGAAGUAGGACAGUGGAAGCUGUGGUCGAGGAUGUGAGGGCAGAAUUAUGGGUGAAGAGAGACUCGGGGAGACAUGUAAGUCCGUGUUCGUGCGACGACUCCACGCUGCGAAUCCCCAUGGGCAAGUCGGGUGCAAUAGUGCAGCAACCCACGAGAUCGUCGCUACCACCCUUGUUCGUCGAAAGAACUCCGCUUGCAGCUGACAUGAGGGAGGUCGUCGAGAGCGCGGCGCGGCACGGGUGCGGUGCCGAGUCGCAGCAGGGAAGUGACACUUACCCCCACCCCUUGCCUACGGUGAAAUCCACGCUGGUUUGAAAGUAAAUACCCAAAAGGGAAAGGACACUUAUUUCCCUCAUGGUUUGUUCUUGGACGCAAUACCACAGAUCGGUUUAUCCCGGUUUAUUGUUUAGAGUUGUGGUUGGAACGCGAAUUCCAAAACAGUUCAAGUAUAGACAUAACAAGAAUUCGGCAUUGCAGGGAGAGAAAAUAAUUAGUCCAAGGUGCCGAGGAGUCGUCGAGAUCUGAGUCAACUUCAAAUUUCGGUGUUACCACAAUAUGUCUUCUUCGCAAACCACAGAUCGCCUUCGUAAUGGAGAGCUUGAUGUGUUAAUUGACACAGGAUCAUCACUUGAGAAAACGCGGGAAGACGAGAGAUGUUUACACGGGACAACAUGAACAUGGAUCGUCUGCCAAGAGUUCAUGCUGCUUGUGGCCUGACCCCUAGAGGAACAACGGGUCAAGAUGCGGUUAGUCUCACUUACCAGGGGUUACAUCCGAUGAAUCAUACAAAUGAGAUAGAUUGUGUCAUCUUACUGUCACUCAAAUUCAAAGAGCUUAAUUAUUUGAGGAGAAAAGUUAUUUGGGAUUCUUCAGAUAAUGGAAAGAUGGCAUGCCAAUAUUUUGGCAAUUAAAGGGGUUCCUCUUUCCCAAUGGUUCAUGAGUAUAAUUAUAAUCCAAGCGAUGUUGACAAUUUUGAAA